AUGCUUCUCAAAACCGGAGGCACUUUUAUUGUGUUAGCUUAUGUGGAUGAUUUAAUCAUAGCUAGAGAUGAUCCAGUCAAUAUUGACAAACUUAAAAAGUUCCUCAAUCAUUGCUUUCGCAUCAGAGACUUAGGUCUACUCAGAUAUUUUCUACGCAUUGAGAUUUCUCAAUUUCCUUCUGGCAUCUUCUUGAACCAGCGUAAGUACACACUCAAUAUUCUUAAAGAGACGGGCAUGCUCGGAUUUCGCCCAAGUUCUUUUCCUAUGGAGCAACAACACCAUCUUGGCCCAGAUUCUGGCCCUCCCAUACCACACCCAUAUCAAUAUAGACACUUAAUUGGGCGCCUAAUAUACCUCACCGUCACCGGACCAGAAAUCACCUAUGCAGUGCAUAUCGUCAGUCAACUCAUGAGCGACCCACGACAACAACACUUGGAUGCUGCUAUGCAUGUUCUACGGUAUCUCAAAUCUUCACCGGAGCAUGGGGUGUUUUUUUCUUCUAAAUCUGAUAUUCUUAUACGAGGAUACUGUGAUUCAGAUUGGGCAAGUUGCCCAUUAACAAGAUGGUCAACAAUCGGUUACUUUACUACUUUGGGUUCCACCCCCCUGUCAUGGAAAUCUAAGAAACAACCAACUGUCUCUCGCUCUUUUACCGAAGCUGAAUACAGAUCAAUGGCGGCAGCUACAAAUGAGUUACUUUAG